AUCAUUCUUUACUUGAGAGAUUAUUAAAAUUUACGCCAAAUAUAUAUGUAGACGCGAACGUUGAUUUUUUUAAAUGCGAAACAAACUUCAAGAUAUUAAGUUGCAUAUUUGCAGAAAAAAUGGCGGGUAAUGGCGCGACUUUCAAGCAGAAAACUGUGCAGACAAUUCUCCAGAAGAAUUUCAAAGAUGAGAAGACAAAAGUGAACUCGGAUGCCCUUGUGCUCGUUGGGGAGGUUCUGCGAGUUUUUGUUGCAGAAGCAGCCUCAAGGGCAGCAAGUCAGGCCAAGAAAGAUGCCUCAGACGAAGUGACCAUUGAUUACUUCGAGAAGAUCCUGCCUCAGCUGAUGCUAGACAUGUGAUAUGGACAAUAAGGUGGCAGCCAGUGAAGUUACCAUGGUUACCAAGUCCUGUCAGCAUUGCCAUGGUUGCAACUGCCAGAUGAAUGCAGAGCCAGCUCACACUGACGUCAUUAAUACUUGCAUUGUGUCAGUUAUGACACAAGUGAUGAACAUUCUCAGUCAGCAUAUAUAACUCAUAUAAUUAGUAAAUAUAUGUUUUCUGGGGGUAUUUUUCAUUUAUAUUUACUACUGGAUUGACUACAAGCAGAAUGUUUAGGACCAACAAGAAGGGAAAUUCGGUUAGUUGUUCCAGUGCAAGAAGUAGACACAAGUUCCACCAAAGAGGCAAAUAUCAACAUUACACCUAUGUCAUUUACUUACUUAUGUUUUGCUACAGUAUGAAUUAUCGUUUUGUUUACUUUGUUCCUGUUGUAUGUUAAUUAAUCUGUCUGAACUGAAUUUGGGAAAUAUAUCUGUUACGUGUAUAUUUUACACUAAAAGAAUGUUGCUAUUGGUCAGUGAUGAGAAAACUGUGAUGACCUUGACCUACAUGCUGGUGUAGCAGAGUCCUGAAUGACAAAGGGUCCGGAUUCUCUGUUACAGUUUUAAGCCCCCCAGUGUCAAGCUGAUGUAGAGGAGAGUUGGGGGACCAUGUUUCUCCAUGCCUGGUGCAGUGUCAUUGUGACAGGGGACAAUAUAUUAACAUGUUUCCAUUUUGUGUCAUUAUUGAAACUUUAAUAAUAUUAUGUUCCAUUUAUAUCAGCUGUGAACUCCUAUUGUGGAAAUAUAUUAUUGCAUUUUCUUAUAA